UAAAACGCGAGUCUCUAGAAAGAUGGCGGCGGGCACCAGAGUUUCCCGCAUUAAAUCCCUGGCGACGCGCGGACCCUCCUUCGAAAUAAUCGUCCAUUUUUAAACUGUCGUUACAGCCGCGACUCACGGUGAUGGUGCUAAAGGUAACGGACAUUUGACGACCAAGCUGGGAAAUAUGGUUGCGGUAUCACACACCAGCAAUUUUCUCGAAAAGGACGGGGCAAUUUUCGGGGCCCUGAUCGGCUGUUCUGCAUUUCUGGUGUUAUUAUUUUUGUAUGCCAGAAACAAAGGAUGGUGGUCGGGCUCGGUGAGAAACAUAGCCAUAGCAUGUUGCGACGAAGCUUGUCCACCAGUGUCUGGAAAGCCAAGGACGAAUUCGAUAGUUGACCAUAGCUCCAGCGUGAGUUUUUACAAACCAUCUACCACCGCAUUGGUAAGCACUUCUCACGGAGAUGCUGGCGACUCAAGUACGGAAUCGGAAAUCACCGGCACCAGCAGUCGAAAAAAUUCCGAACCGCUUCCAGCAGGUCCACCACCCCCUUUCUUGCCACCACGCCAAGACAUCAUAUCACUCGUCGAAAAGGGAAGAAUAGGCAUAAGCAGCAACAGCUCGUGCUGCAGCUCGACGACAAGUUCUGUUGGAGAUCGACAAACGGUGAUUUCCGUGGCCAAGGUGAUAGCUGAGGUCAACCCUGCCAUGCAAGAUAAUCUUGGACAGAUGGAGAUAAAAGAAACCAAAAUCGAGCACCAGUCUUCCAGCUACUACGAGGCAUCCGGGUUUAGUCACGGCGAUAAGAACGACUUCAGUAGCAACAAAGACUGCAUUGUAGUGAUGAACCCGGAAAAUGAAGACGACGCGGCAGGAUCCAACAACAGCACCAUCUCGUGCUUGGUGAGGGACGAAAUCGGGGCAGACGGACGUCCUCUCAGUCUCUGCGGUCACUUGGAAGUGUCGUUAUGGUACGACGCCCCUAUGAGGAAGAUGACAGUCCAUGUUUUACAGGCUUGCAAUAUCCCGAGCAGAGACCGCGGUCAACCCACACAAACCCAGGUGAGGUUGAUACUACUGCCGAGCAAAAAGCAGAAACACAAAACCAAGAUUCGAUCCGGUGAAAAUCCUCAGUACCGCGAAAAGUUCAUCUUACACAGAGUUAACCCAGAGGACGUCAACUCGAUGGGUAUUAGACUGCGACUUUACGGCUGUGAAAAAAUGCGACGAGAGAGACUCAUCGGCGAGGCCCUCAUAAGAUUUGCCACCAUCAAUCUAGAGGUCGAAAACAAUUUUUGGUUGUCGCUUCAACCUAGAGUCAACACCGAGCUUAGUGCCUACAACAAAGAACUGUCGAGCAUGGUGAGAUCGGACAGCAUUGGAUCAUCUCAAUCUAUAAUUCAACAUGGUGGAAUACCGGAGCUAUUGCUUGGGUUGAGCUACAAUGCAAUCACUGGUCGAUUGAGCGUAGAAGUAAUCAAGGGAUCACACUUUAGAAAUCUCUCCUUAAACCGAGCCCCAGAUAGCUAUAUCAAACUAAGUUUGGUGAGCAGCACUGGUCAGGAAUUAGCGCACAGCAAGACGUCUGUUAGACGGAGUCAGCCCAAUCCACUCUUUAAAGAGACGUUCGUAUUCCAGGUAGCAUUGUUUCAACUCGCCGACGUGACGCUGAUGGUGGCGGUCUACAAUCGCAAGGGGGUGACCAAAAAGAAGGAAAUGAUCGGCUGGUUCAGUCUGGGAUUGAAUUCAAGCGGCGCUGAAGAGUUAGCCCACUGGAUGGACAUGAAAGAGUUCCAGCAGGAACAGAUCUGUCGCUGGCACAUCCUUGUCCAGUCAUAGCGACAUUGGCGCAUCGCUGUAUGAGAUAGGUAGUAUUAUACGCAAAGAAAAAAGUACGAAUAGCGUCAGAUCAUCAAAAUAAGUUGGAAAGAGGUGUAUGAGCUGAUCGUAGGUUCCUAAUUGCUACCACAAGAAAUUUAUCUGCGCAUAUUUUGCGUUGCCUCUUCUUCAACUGCUUGAUAAGCUUUUCAGUAAUUGAAACAACUCAGCAGGUCAUGAUGUUUAUCGCCUCCGAUGUAUCAACACCUCUUUAGCGGUUGGAGUACCAAAGAUUUGUUGGUGAGUUGGGUAUGGUUUCUCUAGGUAUGAAUAGGAUAUAUAUGUUUAAUCGACGUCAUCUGGAGAUAUAUCGUUUCAAGACCAGUACUCCAGGAAAUUUUUAACCUUUAUUAUUUUUGUUUUGUAUGUGCUAAUAAAACAUUUAAUGUGAAUUAAUUUUUUGCUUAGACAUAGUGCGAAUAAUACUUUUUUAACGACACUAAAUGCAGGUUCGCAAUACGCACAAGUUGUCAAGUUUUCGUUUAUUUGAAGGUUAUUUUGAUACAUAUCUAAUUACUUAUGGCGUAAAUUUAUCCAACUUCCAUUUUUUAAAAUUUAACGACCCAUAUAAUUUUUGGUAAUUUUAUUGGUUUUAUUUGAGGCAUAUUCUUAGACUAAUUACUAAUUUGAAUUUGUUUCGUGUAUGCAUAUGGAAUAAAAAGGACGAACGAAAUUAGAGUGGAUCUCGUUUUCCAAAACUAGCCGAAACCCCCAGUCUCGUAAAAUUAUUAAAAAAAGGCAAAAAUAAAACGAAAACUGGACAUCCUGUUCACACAAUAAUAACUCGAAAAGUCAAAAUAAAGUGAUUCGUAUAUACACUACAAUGCAGAAAAACAUUAUUUUGCGGGAGUAAUAAAUUUCGUACAUAUUCAAUAAAUAAAUGAACGAUCUUGUUCAUGUAUGUGUUUAACGCACAGUAACUUUAUUUCAUACCUUAAAUUUCAAAACAUAUAGAACUUGAAUGCUUUUUUUAUUUUAUCUACACUAAUAUAAAUAUAAAUUUACUGUCGACUUAAGGUCUUCGCACAAUUUAAACAUUAUAACUUGUACCAUGAUUGCAAUGUGUAGACAACAUUAAUCUUGAUCUAAACUGGAAUAGACCUAGCGUGAUAGAAAAUUGAGGCAAAUUUUAGAAAAGAAAAAGGCGGUUAGUAAUGAGCAUUGAUGUCUUUAUCUUGCUCGUUUAUAUAAAUGGGAGAAUUACCAUAUUUGCCGAUAUAAUUUUUACUGAAAUCCUCAUUUAUAUAUUAUAGUUAUCAGUCAGAAAAUAGCAAAAAGAUGUGCAAGUAUGCAAUUUCUCUUGAAGAAGGAAAAAUACUGAUUUAUUUUGAAUUACAAUUAAUUUCAAAUCAUAUUUAUAUAUUUUACUUAUAAAAUAACUAACUGAGUUAUAAUUCAUUUAUAAAACAAAAUCGGACAGCUUAAUAUGCAAUUGUUGCAAUAUGCAAACUUACACAAAAAAAAACCUUCUUUGGCAUGUAGGUGUGCAACAUCAGAAUUUACUAUUUUAAAAAAUGUUGAUUAAUUAAGACCACCGAUGAACUAAAACUAACCAAUGAUCAUUAGUAUUACAUUGUAUGACACAGCAAGAAUACCGCUUGUUAGCCGUCUCAACAUUAAUAAAAUUUGCUUCAAAAAAUUGAUAUUAGUUGUUGUUUCGGCCCGAUUCCAUUUAACUUUUAUCCAUAAUUACUUAUUUUUUUGGAGAAAUGAAAAGCAACUUUUAAGGGAGUUCAAUCAUAAUUAGGUUAUUGUGCAUUGUACACAUUUUUGCCAAAAUUUAGAAAAUGUCUUAGUGAAAUCAAGAAAUAGUGAGAUAUUUAGGGUAUUUGAAAAAAUUGGUUGGUCGUUUAGUCUGCAAGGCAGAAAGCUGCUGACCUAUAUGAUAUAAUUUAUACGAUUUUUUUAUAUCUUCGCCUAUAUGACUGGAUAGUAAUGGGAUAAUGAAAACGCACAAAAAUGUCUCUUAUUUCCCUUCGAAAUAAGUACAUUCAGUAAUGAGUAAGGUAGUAAAACGAAAACUGUAAACUCGAUGUAAACUCUACAAUUAUACAUGUAUUACUAUGUAGGGAAGUUAAUCCCGAAACUAAGUGAGUUUCUUACUUCACCAUUUGUUUUGAGAUAAUGACACAUUAUAAAAAUAUGGUCAAAGUUUAGAUUCUUAUAAAUCUGAUUAAGAGCCUAAAUGUUUAAUGCUUGUGUAAUAUUUUAUGAAGCCCCUAACGAUUAUUGGCAAGAUUUUGAAGUUGUUGAUGUAUUAAGACUAUUCCAUUAUAGGCUUUCGAUUUUUUAUAUUUGCACGGUGCUGUUCAAAUAAUAUGCACAACACGUUAACAAUUUUAAACAUUUUUAAAUGUAGGUUUCGCGCUUUUGCCGGACUAUUCUCAUCGAAUGUUAACGCAAAUAAAGUAUACAGAAUUUUGAUAUUUCACGCAUUCCCAAUAAAUAUGUGCAGACUGUACAGAAAUUAAAUUUAUUUUCCACUUUAAACUGAAAACCCAAAUUCUUAUAAACUAGGGUCCACAACCUCUUCAUUUUUAAUUUAACAUAUUAAAAAUGAAAUCCUGAUAUCAGUUUUCUAUAAAAAUUUUGCGAAAUCUGUAACGGUUUUGUUAAUAUUUUUAGACUCGGUUGAAUGAAUGAAAGUACUGGUUUAUCUUCAUGGGUGCGUAAAAUUUUCCCUAAUUUUGUGGUUGUUGAUUUUCGACUAUAAAACUACACUAAUAAGGUACCUCGUUUUCGAGAAAACACCUCUUUAUUUCAAAUUUUUUAUUUUGGAUAAUUAAAAAAACAAAAAAUAAUGCUGUAAUGGAUCUAACGUCCACAUAAAAAAAGGUUUUCAUGUUCGUCCUUGAAAUCACAGACGUUGUCAGGAGAAUAACAACAAUGUUAUUUUUGCAGUUUGAGUGAAGCAUUUAUUGUACACGUAAAAAUAUGAUUUGUUACCGUGUGCUGCAUGCUUUCUGAACAAUACCGUAUUGGAAAAAAUAUUUCGAUGUUUUACCCGGUGAUUGUACUGGGUCAAAAAUGUGAAAAUUGAAAUUGUUUUUCAGUUUUCAAAUUUCGAUAUAUUUAAGUCGCGAUGCGGUCACUGAAAAGAGAUCUGUGAUAAACUAACAAGCGUACCGCAAUGAAAAUGCAAAAAGGGCGGGUUUAUUUUUUCGUUGAUUUAAAUCAGUGGUAGUAAAUACAUGCUGGGUACAAAACGUAUAGUAUUCCUCCUUUCUCUAGAAUUUCGAAAUCACCGACCACUGAUUUAAUAGAGGGCAAGCGAUUUAUCAUCAAAAUGACCUUCUACGUAUAACUAGUUAUCAAAAUUUCUGUGAUAAAACAUGACGCUCUUUUUAAUGGUUUCCACUAGGCGCACCUAUAUACUUUAAUGUAGAUUUUUUAACAAAUCUCGAGUAUAUUAAUACAAUUAAUUUAUCAACAGAUUUACAGAUAUUUAUAAUAAUGGUUAGCUAGAAGAAUUAAUUACAGGCCAUUUAUCACCUAUAUGUGAAUUACAGGCAGUUGAUACAUCCAAGUGGGCGUUCCUCACAGUGAGAUUUUCUGUCGAUAUUUUUUGGGUUGAAACUAAAACGUUUAAACUUUACAUGUAGGUAUUUUAUCACUAAUAUUUUAAAACGAAAAUUUGUGAACAUUUUGUCUUAAUUUCAAAUCAAUGAUGGAAAUUCUACAAUACCGGGUGAUUGAUAGUGGUUUAUAAGUUAACGGAAAAACAAAAUACAUUUUUUCAAACUUUAGUACUUAGAUUUUCUAGUCUGCUCUAUCGAACUUAAAUAUUUUCUACGGCCAAAUUAAAAUAUAUAGGAAUAGUGUCAACACUUGACUCCAUUUUAAAUAGUUUUUACUUGGCUAAUUUGCAAACCACUUUUUAAGCCAAAACUAGCCAGUAUUGGAAGCUAUUUUAAAAAACUAUGGAAAUGAAAUAGUUUUGAUUAGUCGUUAUCAAAUAAUUCAGCUAAUAAAGGAACUAUCCAGCCAGUUCAAAUUAACUAAGUAAACUUUAACUACGGAAAAAAUAAGAUCCACCAGAAUAACAAACUUUUCAUGUUAUCGGGCUUUUCAUCAUUGAAUAGAAUCCUGGGAAAAACACAUCUCGUCAAAGCUUUUUGAUAUAUUAUAUGUUGAUACAUAAUUUCAAUAAAUUGACAGCACCUCUGAGGAAUGCCGGAAUAACUGUAUUACUGCGUUCGCCUUCUAUCUAGAGAAUUUUUGAAUCGAAUACCAUUGUAUAAAAGCUAUUGACAAAACAGGACCUAGUUAGUGUAAGGCAAAUUCGUAACCCCAAAAAAUAACGGAUUUCGAAAGUCGGCCGAAACAAGACAAUUUUGAAAUUUGUAUUUGAAUUUGUAAGGUCUUGUUGCUUUGUGGGUCGAUUUUUGAAGUUCGAGCUCCGCUUCGCUGUAUAAUGAAAUUCGAUGUUUCGUGUCAUUGGAUCCUCACGUUCCCCAUUAAGCUGUAGUGCGCA